UUUAAUUGUGUGAAAAAGUGAAAAUAAAGGUCCCGCUUCCCCUAUUUAAGAUGUGAAUUGUUUAUUUGCUAUUUAAAAUUAAUUUCAUUAUACGUAAUGAAAUUAUUGUGAAUAUAAACAUAAAUUUGUGGAAAGGUCUGGAGUAUACGUGCAACCGAUACAACUUUAGAAUGCACAUUUGUCAUUUUUUAAUUACUAUGGUUGUUAAUGCAAUUGCUUUAAAGUCGCAUUAUACAUAUAUAUAUAAGUAGAGUUUAGUUGCUAAUAAACAAAUGUUUAAUCCUCCAAUCACGAUCAAUGUAUUAUGUAUAAUCAAGAAUACUAAAAACAAUUUGAUAACAUUAACUGUAUUUAAUUUGGCGGUAACAUAUUUAACAGAACAAAAAUUACACAUUUGGAAUAUGUUCUACAUUCAAGCUCCCACAGGACAAGUGUCACUUCAUGUCUUGGAAAAAUGUAUUUUUGCUAGAUUAGAAUAUUUGGGAUUAUUAUAUGAUGCUAAAGCUCAUGAGUUCAAUGGUAAUUUUGAGUAUUUAUUAGAAAAUUCAGUGUAUGACAGAAUAGGACAUUUUUCAUUACGAUUAUUAGCCUCUACAUCACAGGAUCUAUGGAAUUAUUGGAUCAUCAGAGAAACACUAUUAUUUCAAAAUAGAUUGAAACAUUUAUUACCUAGGCAAUUAUAUAGGUUGUUAAGAAGUAUCAUUCGUCAACUCAGAUUGCUUACAAACAAAGAAAACAUAAUUCAUAAUACAUUAAUUGAUACAUGUAUUUUUUUCUCAAAAAAACUUAUUUUUAAGCAUGUUAUAGCAAAAGAUCAUAAAGAAGGCUGUAAUUUAUUUCAAAUUCAAGUGAGGUAUGAGUUAGUGCCAGACUUAAUUAAAAAAAGAAAAGUAGAAUUAUGUGCUGGGUAUGCUAUUAUCCACUGUUCCAAAUUGAAAGAAGUCCUUGUAUCAUUAUUUAACAGUUACAUGCACAGAGAAAUUGCAUGUAUUAAAUCAAAAGCACAAUAUGCCAUAAACCAAGAUGUUAGAUUUGACUACUUGUAUCAGAAAAUUCAUUGCCAAUUAUUUCAAAGAAGUUGUGAAUAUGGACGUAUAACUAUUCACAAUAUAGAUAAAGAAAUGAGAAAUUUUCCACUUUGUAUGCAACAUUUGCAUAGAAGAUUACAAAAUACACAUAGAUUAGGUCAUUAUGCUCGCUUAUAUUAUAGUCUCUUCCUAAAAGAUGGAGGAAUGCACAUAGAAGAUGCUAUAAACUAUUGGAAAAAAGAAUAUUCGAAGCCUCAUUCGUGUUCCUCCAUCUGUUCACAUCAAUGGCAAUCAAACGAACGCAAAUUUAUAUAUAGUAUUCGACAUCUUUAUGGUUUGGAAGGAUCUAGAAAAAAUUACAAAUCACCUAAUUGUGAAUUCAUGUGUGCAACUGCUUCUGGCCUAAAGUAUGAAGGAGGAUGUCCAUUUAAAAAUUUCGAUAAAAAUACAUUAAAGAGUCUGCUAUCUUUAUCAUUAUCAGAUGACAAAAUAACAAAAUUGCUGAGCAUUAUAUCUCCUCAAAAUCCUCAAUCUGCUUGCAUGUCGUACAUUACAAUGCUUGGCCAAAAAAAUAAUGGUAACAUUGUUAUCAAUAGUCCAUUACAAUAUUAUUUGAUAAUGACUAGUCAAAUUUGA